GAAAAAUAACAAGAGCGAAGCAUGCACUGCUGCGUGCCUGGACUCCCAGUGGCUCGAGUAGGCUCGCUGUACUGAGAAUGGGCUUACAUUUCCUCCAGUAACUUAAACAAUAUUUUGAGUCGCCUGUCAAGCCGAGGCUAAUCAGGCUAGCUGGCUUGUGUGCAGUGUUUUCAUGGAGCUUUACGACAUUUAGGACGUUACCGAAGAGGAAGGCAGGUCGAAGUGAGAGGACUGGAAGCAGCUCUCUGUAGGAUUAUAGUCAUCCGGGAGCUGCUUUAUUAACUUGGGAAACAGUAAACACGAGGGCUGUUAUGAAGUAGACGUUCUGGUUGUCAUGCUUGAGGAAUGCGGUGAAAGGGAAUAUCGACGCAGUCCGACUGGUCCGGGACAUCGCUCCCCAUGGAGCAGUACACGCCGGCCUCACUCACUCAACUCUGACACUCUGGGAGGAUUUCCCACUGCUACAUUGAAUAAUUCACUCACAUACCACAGAGAGAGAGCGAGAGAGAGAGCGAUGGGCUUUUAAUUCACAGAAACACUAUCUCGUGAUCGAGCUCCCCUGAGACGUUCCCCCAGAGAGAGCGGCUCGGACCAUGUGGAAGCCACACUGCUGACUCCGGGUUAUCGUUUGAAUAUUUGCGCCUGCAUGCUGGCAUCGCCCUCACACACCAGCGUGCAGAAUGGCAUCGAACGAGAGACUGUACGAGGUCUGGAUGUUGUACUGCAACAAGAGGGACCCUGAUUAUCUGAAGCUAUGGUUGGAGAUCUUCAUCAGCUCAUAUGAUCGCAGUCUGGAUGUGGACUUUGAGAAGCAGCCGAUCAGGGUGGAAGAGGUGCCCCCGGUCCUGUCUCUGCUCCCUGAUAACAUCCUGCAGGUUUUACGUGUUCAGCUGCUGCAGUGUGUUCAGAAAGCUUCAGUGGGACUCGAGCAGGAACAGCAGCACCUCGCUCUGCUGCUCCUCAAGUUCCUGAUCAUCACCUGCAGGAACCUGUCUAAUGUGGAGGAAAUCGGCACCUGCUCCUACAUCAAUCAAAUCAUCACCCUGACGACGCUCUACAUCCAGCAGCUGAAGAGUAAGACUAAAGAGAAAGAGCUGGCGGAUCAGACGCAGGCUGAGGAGUUUGUGCGACACGCGCUGGCUUUCUGCGAGAGUCUGUAUGAUCCAUACCACAACUGGAGACACCGCAUACAGGGGCAGCAGAUCAGCACCGUGGAGAAGAGCAGACAGAAGUUUAAAGCGGCUCCUCUAACCGUCGAGUUUGUUCCCUUUUUUUACCAGUGUUUUCAGGAGAGUGAGCAUCUGAAGGACAGUCUGAAGUGUUGUCUCCUCCACCUGUUUGGAUCCAUAGUUGCCGGUGGACAGCGUAACGCUCUCCUGGCCAUCUCCCCUGCCACCAUGGAGGUGUUGUUGGGUGUAUUGGGUGCUGGCGAGUGCAUAGGGGAAGGUGAGGAGGGGGAGGAUUGGGACGGAGCCGCCCCAGACCGGAAGGCGGUGCUCACUCUGUGCUGUCUGAGGGAGGUGGUGCACAGCCUGCUGGCCAGCAGCUCUGAUCAGAGACAGGUGGAGAUCAGCACCGUGCUCGACAGCUACUUCAAACUGCUCAACUACGACCCUAACACAGCUGGGGUCAAAGGUCACCCGACCUCGCCCCGUUCCCACCACUGGGAGAGCCGGUUGGUGGCGCUGCAGGUGAACAUGCUCGACACAAUACAGGACAUGUUUGAGUGUUCUGACCGGCCCGUUCUUCAGGCCAUCUUCCUCAACAGCAACUGUUUUGAGCACCUUACUCGCCUCUUACAGAACAGCAAGCUGGUAAACGUUCGGUUCGCCGCGGCAGACAAAGAACAGAAAGAUUUAACCAACAGGUUACUGACAGGAGAGAUUGAAAGCCAGGUCUUUGAAGGCAGGCUGGACUCGCUCACCGUGGCAACGAUCAAAACCCUCACCACGGUGAUGCACAAAUCGCCAGCCGCCAAGGAAGUGUUUAAGGAGCGGAUCGGCUACAACCACCUGUACGAGGUGCUCGUCUCUCUGGGACAGCCGUCCAGGAACCUGCUGAAGGAGCUCAUGAACAUGGCGGUGGAGGGUGAUCACUCCUCCGUGGGUUUUCUGGGGAUCAGUAACGUGGAGCCGCUCCUCCUCCUGAUCCGCUGGCUGCCGGAACUCGACUCGGCCGAGCUGCAGAUCUUCGCGGCCGAUCGGCUCCGGAGGAUCUGCGCCUUAAACCGGCGCACGCGGGCCGCCUGCGUCAACGCGCGCAUGCCGGAGUGUGUUCUCUCCACGCUCGAGAGAGACGCCCGUCUGCCACGUGUAUGUGCCGAGAGCCUUCUGACUCUUCUGGGCGCUCUCGGGGCGGAGUCUCUGAGCGGGGCCGAGCUCCAGCGCCUUCUGAGCCUCCUGCGGAACCCUGAGAACCGCCUUCAUCCUUACACCGAGCCGGUGCUGCGCUCACUGCUCGCCAUGCUCCGGAAGCACACGCUCCACAGCGCAACGCACUACUUCGAUCUGACCCCGCCCAUGGCGGGUAUCGCCGUGCCGACCAUUUCCAGGUGGCCAGGCUCCGCCUUCAGCUUCUUGUCCUGGCUGUCGUUGGACCAGGACCAAUUGGAACCAGCCGGCAAGGGCGAGAAGAGAAAGCAGUUAUACAGUUUCUUUACGCCCGGAGGUACAGGGUUCGAGGCCUUCAUAAGCUCCUCUGGCUCUCUGGUGGUGGCGGUGUGCAGUAAAAAGGAAUACGUCACGGUCACGCUGCCUGAUUACUGCUUCUGUGACUCACUGUGGCAUUAUAUUGGCGUGGUGCAUGUUCCUGGGAAGAGACCGUUCGGACAGAGUCUCGUCUACAUCUACGUGGACGGGCAGCUGAAGUUGUCAGCACCGCUGAAGUACCCCAACAUGGCCGAGGUGUUCACGUCAUGCUGUAUCGGAUCGGCAGGUCAGCGCACGACCACCCCUCCCCCGUCUCAGAUCGCCGACCCCCCUCCAUCUCGCACGUCUGUGUGGGGGGGACUGUCCAGGCUGGCUCUGAUCUCCCCAGGGACGCAGGACAGCGAGUGGGGACGACCCACAUCACUGCAGGGACACCUGAGCACUGUGAUGGUGUUUAGUGAUGCUCUGAACACCAACACCAUCAGAGCUCUGUACAACACAGGGCCGAACUGCAUUUCUCCCUUUAAAAGUCAGGAGGCGGAGCUCGGUGACCUCAGCACCAAACUCCUCCUACACUAUUCACCAAAGGCCUGUAGGAACCCUAUCUGUGUGGACCUGUCCCCUAAUCUACUGCACGGACGACUGACGGGGAAUAAAGUGGUCAACUGGGACGUCAAGGACAUCAUUAACUGUAUCGGAGGACUUCCUGUGCUGUUCCCCAUUCUGGAGCAGCUAACCUUCUUGACCCCUGAACAGCACAAUGGCUUCUCGGGGUCAGAGGGCAUGACCCCUGAGGCUACCACGCCCACUGAUGGAGACUGGGUCAUACUGCCUACCAGCAGAGCCUCAGAGGCCCGUUUGGAGAAAAAUCUUGCUGCGACCUUCCUGUUAGUGUUGAAGCACUUCCUGCACAGACACACAAUAAACCAGGAGACGCUGCUGCACACACACAGUGUGGCCACCCUCGCUGCCCUGCUGCAGAAGCUGCCUGCUUUUCUGGUGGACGUGAGUGUGUUGGUCGCCGUACAGCUGCUGAUCGAGCAGGUGACAUAUGAGAAGAAUCCCCAGCUCCUGCAACAGCUGCACACACACCUGCUGUUCAACUUCAACAUCUGGAACCAAGGAGACUUUCCCCUGCGCAUCGGUCACAUCCAGUACAUGUCCACCGUCGUCAAAGACAGCAGGAAGCAGUUCAGGAAAAAAUACGGAGUGCAGUUCCUGCUCGACACGGUCCGCCUUUACUAUAGCGGGAAUCGCGAGGGCGAUAUGAGCGAGGACGAUGUUCGGACCAUCAGAGCGUCGCUUUGUGGCCUUCUCAAGUAUUACAUCAGCAAAGGCGUGAGUCAGGACGAGAUCCAGAGCAUUCUGGGAUACAUCGCUGCUAUCGGAGAUGAAGAGCAGUUAUGUAGUAUUUUAGAGCUGCUGCUGAAUCUUCUCCAGACGAGCGCGUCACGCGAUCAGCUUUUCCUGUUGCUGUUCGAGCCGGGAGCGGCCGAUUCCUGCUACUCGCUGCUGCUCAAUCACAAAUACUCUGACCGCCUCCGAGAGCUCAUUUUCAAGCUGUUUGAGCGCAUGCUGAGGUGUGACCAUGUGUAUGAGAAGAGUAAGCAGCGGCUGAGGCUGCGAGAAGUAGGCUACUCUGGCCUCACACUCCUCUUCCCUGACCUUCACAUCACCCACACACUCGUCAAGUGCCUCCUCAACCAAAUCCUCCACACAGACACUGUAGUGAACUUUAAGGAUCUGAUGGCUCUCGUGCAGUUGACUCAUCGGGCUGAACUGAGCGUGCGCAUGCUCAUCUGCAAGAGGUUAUAUUCCCUGGUGCAGUCUCAGGCAGACGCAGCGCUACAGCUGUCCCGUCAGCCAUGUUGGCAGGACACACUGAUCCGAGUGUUGGUGCGGAGCUGCAGCGGUGACUCCGGGUCCGGUUCGGGGCGGGCCGACUCGGCCAGCCUGGGCAGCAUCGGCUCGAACCGGGCGGAACUUCCUGUGUGUGUAGAGAAUCUGGAGGAGAACGGAGAAGUGCUGUCUCUUUCUGAAACCCCCAGCGAGACCUCACAGAGCAGGGGGCUGAGUCUGGACCUGAGCCAGGUUCAUGCGCUUGAGCCGGGUGACAGCGGGAGUCAGACUCCCUCACCACUGGACAACGCCAAACCCUUCCCUGGUAGCGCCCCCGAACGAGAAACCACUUCCUCUCUGGGAGAUGACAGCUUCCUGUUCAGCGAUAAUCUCUCUCUGGGAGAGUCUUUUAACAGUUCAGAGCGCACGGAGGAGGAGUUGGCGCGGAUGAUUUUGGAGAUCGUGCUGUGUGUAAUGUGGAAGGGCGUGUCUGGCUCGGAUGAUGCAGCAUGGCUGGAGAGGGGACAGGUGUUCUCCGCUCUCACCAAACUGGGCACAGCUAACGAGCUCCUGCUGCCCGUCGACCACAUCAAACUCAGUCUGUUGGAGCGGAUGCUGGAGUGCGCUGUGAGUGAUAACCGGGAUUGUGUGGCAGCCAUGUUGCCGGAGCACACGGAAAACGCGGUGCGACUGCUGCACGUGGUGCAGGACUUCCUGCAGGCCGAGGGGCUGGUAAACCCGGCACUGUGGAGCGAGAGGCUGCUGGAUGACACGGUCACGCUGAUGGACGGCCUCAUGGUGUGGUACACUGCCGGAACACAGUGGCGCCAGCUCUCACAGCUCGGCCUCAGGCUCUUACUCGGAUUUAUGGCCCAGCCUGACCCUCAGGUGUGUGCCAUGGCAACGGCAAAGCUGAAUGGGAUCCUACAGAUGAAAACCGUGGAGUCUCAGGACGAGGCGUGUUUCCUGCUCGGCCGGGUCGAGUGCAUCCUUCAGCGCUCUCUGGGCGAACAGAAGGAAACGGACGGGACACGGAAGGAUGGAUCGGAAGAGGUGGAUCGGAAAAGAAGGGAAGAGGAGACGUACGCGUUCCUGGUCCCUCUACUCCGGACACUCCUGUCCAAAGUGCACAAGCUGCUGUACAUGGAGCUGCACCUCCCCUCGCUUCCGAACUGCAACGGCAGCUCGUCGUUCUUUGAGGACUUCCAGCUGUACUGCAGCUCACCCGAAUGGAGGGUGUACCUCGACAAAUACAUCAUCCCGUACAUGAAGCAGUACGAGCUCGAGACGUUCAGUCAGGGACAUGAGAACAUGGCUCUGUAUUGGAAGGACUGCUACGAAGCCUUCAUGGUGAACCUACACCGCCGGGAGAGGGAGCGAGGCGAGAGCAAGAUCCGAUUUCAGGAUCAGUUCGUGGAGCCGUUUAGCCGGCGAGCUCGUCAGGAGAACCUGAGGUACAACAGCAUGCUGAAGCAGAUGCACACGCAGAACAGCGCCGUCGUCAGGCAGUGGAAAGCGGCACGGCGGUCUCUCCUGGGUGAUCGAGGACCCUGGGCUAACAGGCAGCAAAAGGAGAUUCACUGGAAGUUGUCGAGUGCAGAGAAUUACUCCCGUAUGCGUCUGAAGCUGGUGAGGAACUACAACUUCGACCCUCACAAAGAGGCUAGCGCUCUGAGAGACAAUCUGGGUGUGCAACAUCAGAAGGUGAACACUGAGUCUUUGUUGUUGGAGGCUGUGAAGCAAGUGAAGGUCAGCGACCUCGAGGACGAAAUCCUGGAGCUGCCGGAGGAGGAUCCAAGCGGGAACACACAGGCGGACGAUGAGGACGCGGGUCAGAAGGAGAAGUUAGUGAUGAUGGAGGACUGUGAGCUGGUCACUGUGGUGGAUGUGUUUCCUGGUCGGCUGGAGAUCACAAACCAGCACAUUUACUUCUACGACAGCAGCACUGAGAAAGAGGAGGGUGUGGGUCAGGAUUUUAAAUGGCCGCUGUCUCAGAUCAGAGAGAUUCACCUGCGUAGGUACAAUCUCCGCCGCUCAGCCCUCGAGAUCUUCCUCAUUGAUCAGACCAACUACUUCCUCAACUUCAACAAGGAGGUGCGUAAUAAAGUCUACAACCGGAUGCUGCUGCUCUGCUCUCUCUCUCUCCAUGGCACUCGCUCGCCCCAGGAGCUCCUCAAAGCCUCUGGACUCACCCAGAAAUGGGUGAACAGGGAAAUCUCAAACUUUGACUACCUGAUGCAACUGAACACCAUCGCAGGCAGAACCUACAACAACCUGGCUCAGUAUCCUGUGUUCCCCUGGAUUCUGUCAGAUUACACGUCAGAGGAGCUGGACCUGUCCGACCCGCGAGUGUUCCGUGACCUCUCCAAACCUGUCGCUGUGCUUAACGAGAAAAACGCCAAAGCAGUAAAGGAAAAGUAUGAUAGUUUUGAGGACCCCACUGGUACAAUAGACCGCUUCCACUACGGCACUCAUUAUUCAAACGCUGCAGGAGUGAUGCACUACCUCAUCAGAGUCGAGCCCUUCACCUCCCUGCACAUCCAGCUGCAGAGCAACAGGUUCGACUGCGCAGACAGACAGUUUCACUCCAUCCCAGCCACAUGGCAGACGCUCAUGGACAACCCCAACGAUGUCAAAGAGCUCAUCCCGGAGUUCUUCUACUUCCCAGAGUUCCUUGUGAAUCAGAACGGCUUUGACCUGGGUCGUCUGCAGAUCUCUAAGGAGCGUGUGAACGAUGUCAUUUUGCCGAAAUGGGCCAAAUCUCCCGAGGACUUCAUUUACAAGCAUCGCAAAGCCCUGGAAUCAGAGUAUGUCUCCGCCCACCUCCACGAGUGGAUCGAUCUGAUAUUCGGGUACAAGCAGAGAGGCCCGGCUGCAGUCGAGGCCCUCAACGUCUUCUACUACUGCACGUAUGAAGGCGCUGUAGAUCUGGACGCCAUCACGGAUGAGAAGGAGAGGAAAGCUGUAGAGGGAAUGAUCAGCAACUUCGGACAGACGCCGUGCCAGCUGUUAAAGGAGCCUCAUCCUGUCCGUCUCUCUCUGGAGGAACUGGAGAAGAGGAAAUCCCGACUCGACACGAGUCCGCUUAACAUCUUCGAACAUCUCACCGACCUCAAGUCGUUCUUCGUGGAGGGGAUCAGUGAUAACACCGCCCUGGUGAAAGCAGUGGUCCCGAAGAACCAGUCUCACUCGUUCAUCUCUCAGGGCAGUCCGGACUCGCUGGUGACCGUGAGUUACAACUACCUGAUAGGAACUCACGGCUGGCUCCCUUACGAUAAAAACAUCUCCAACUACUUCACCUUCAUCAAAGACCCCACGGUGGCCAAUCAGAAGACCCAGCGGUUCGUGGCGGGGCCGUUCUCUCCAGAUGUGGAGGUCUCUACCAAGCUGUUUGUGGUGUCUCAUGAUGGGAAGCUUCUGUUCAGCGGAGGCCACUGGGACAACAGUCUGCGGGUCACGUCGCUGCUGAAGGGGAGGACGAUAGCGCAGCACGUCCGCCACAUGGAUGUGGUAACCUGCUUGGCGACAGAUCACUGUGGGCUUCACCUGAUCUCUGGUUCCAGAGACAACACCUGCAUGGUGUGGCAGGUGCUGCAGCAGGGCGGGGCUCCAGUGGGUCUGAGCCCUAAACCAUUGCAGGUGCUGUACGGACACACAGACGAGGUAGCGAGUGUGUGUAUCAGCUCAGAGUUGGACAUGGCUGUCUCAGGAGCACGGGACGGCACAGUGAUUAUCCACACAGUGAGGAGAGGACAGUACCUGCACUCGCUGCGUCCCCCGUGUGAGAGCUCUCUACCUGUGUGUGUCACACACCUGGCCAUGUCCUGGGAGGGUCACGUGGUCGUACACACCUGUGUAGAGGGCAAGGCCACGCUGAAGGAUAAGAACACGCUGCACCUGUACUCAGUGAACGGGAAACACCUGUGCAGCGAGCCUCUGAAGGAGCAGGUGACGGAUGUGUGUGUGUCGGGAGAGUUCAUCAUCACCGGCAGUGAACAGGGCUUUCUCUCCAUCAGAGACCUGUACAGCCUGGCGCUGUGUGUGUGUCCUGUGGCGAUGCGUGUGCCGAUCCGGUGUGUGUCGGUGCCGAAGGAGCAGUCUCACGUGUUGCUGGGGCUGCAGGACGGAAAAUUGAUCGUGGUGGGAGUGGGCAAACCAGCCGAGACGCGUUCGGGUCAGAUCACGCGGAAGCUUUGGGGCUCCAGCAAACGCAUGACUCAGAUUUCAUCCGGCGAGACCGAAUAUCCCACCCAGGAGCAGAUUUGACUCCGCCCACUGCCCCACCAUUCACCAAUCAGGAUGGAGCGAGGAAGGAAGUGUAGUGUGUGUUGUACGGUUAGAGACGAGUGUGUUGGACUGGCGCGGGCGCUCAUGUCCAGCUGAGUGUGUCGGAUUCGAUUACUACCCCUAACCAUAUCAUCACACACACACACACACACUCACAUUAAUAUCAGUAACGCCACUACAACAAUGGUGCGUGUGUGUGUUUAUGUGUGUGUGUGUGUGUUUAGGUGUGUGUUUCUGGGAAAUAUUCCAUUUGUUUUUUUUUUCAGUGGCCUUGUUGUAUCUUUUUGCCUUUUACUUCUUAACACACACACACACACACACACACCAUACACACCCGUAGGAAUGCUGAUCACUGUGUGUACGCAUGUGUACGUGUGUGUGAGACUGUCUGAAUGUGUUUGAUUUCUUACUUGAAUUCUAGAUUAUUUAUUGAAAUGAAGGUGAAUCAGCGAUGUUUAACGCUACAGUAAACAGAUGAAGGGCUUCAGUAGUCAUAACUCUAAGCAACAAAGCAAUACAAACCCCACCCCCAAACACACCCCCCCCCACCCCGCCCCCCCCUCCCCAAAAAAAAGGACUGCUAACGGUACAUUCCACUCUGUAAUGCAGCGACCGACCAAUCGUCCGAGUCUUCCCGAGAUACAGCGUGAGAACCGCCGCGUCCACGCUGUACGCUCCGCGGGGCGGGGGUGGGGGCGGGGGGGCGGGGGGGGAGGGGGGAGGGUGCCGUCGCUGCCCUCGUCCUCUUUAUUCCAGUUUUGAAGCCAUGCACUCGGCGUUUGUUUACUAUGCAGUAUAGAGUACUUCCACGCGACUCAGUUACCGAACUUCUUUUAAAUCUUGUGCGUGUGCAUGCACUUGUGUGUUUAUAUACGUGUGUGUGUGUGUGUGUGUGUGUGAUUGUUUUUCUUCAUGGAGAUUUCCUCGUUCUUAACUGAAGGAUUGAGCUUUAUUAUUAUUAUUAUUAUAAUUAUUAUUAUUAUUAUUAUUAUUAUUAACAAUGUUGUGACGUAGAGACACACCGAUUCUUUUGUUUUUUCCCCGCCGAGAUACUCAUUCAGUUUUACAUGGAGUUCAGUGUGAUUUGUCACGAUCGACAGACUUCCGGACUUUUCUCAAACGUGGAUAUUUCCUAGCAGAAAUAUUCAGGGCAGUAUUCACACACACACACACACACACGUCCAGUCAAAAUGUUUGGAAUAAUUGAAGGUCAUUUUAAAUGUUUUUUUUUUUUUUUUUUUAAAUGUUGCAGUUUAUUAUUCCACGACGCUGUCGAAGUUCUCAAAUCUGUAAUGAUCGGUCGUUAUGGUUUCUAUAGUAACAAGUCACGCAGGGACGAAGUCUGAUAUGGAGCGGGUUAAAGUACGUUUUGUUGUUCUACAAAGAACUCUGUAUAGUCGUCGAUGGGGUCGAGUUUGACGUAAGGAGACACGUUUGAGCUUUAAGGAAGGAGUCUCCGGCGUCGGUGCGCUUUUAACAGUCCGAGCUGUCGCGGUAACUUAAAGAGGGAAACGGACGAGAGGCUGAUGAGGGAAGGUCUGCUCGUCUCUGCUGUACCGUAAGUGACGACAGGAGCGUUCUACAACGAUAAGCGUAAACGAAAAUGGAUCAAAAGUACGCCGGUGCCGCUCUUGAAUAAAUAAAGCACUGUAAUCAUUGGCCGCAGUGAAAUAAAAACCCUUCAGGAUGUAUUUAGGUUUAGAUUUCGACUUAACGGGAGCAAGUUGACGGAGUCGUGGAGCCUCCACGGCGGAGGGGCGGGGCUUAUUUGAAACGGCGAGCCAGACGUCGUCGUAUAAACGUGUAUCGAAGCAGUCGGCGUCGUAGAAGCUCGUGCGUGUGUGAAUAAAGAAUAACAAGAAAUAAAAGUAGCGAGAAGUGUGUAGUAUAAGAUUAUUGGGAAAAAAUUACUCAAGGGCACGUAACGCUUUACUACCCGUCUGUGUGUAAUGCACAAAAUAGACGAGUCUGAAACAACAACAACAACAACAACAACAAAAUCAUUUGUAUUUGUUGUGGGAUUUUGUGUAGAAAGUUUUUAAAGAGGAAAAAAAAAGAAAUGAGGAAAAUUAUUUAUGUUAGAUUAAAGAAAAUUGAUAUUUUCCUAAAAUAUUAAAAGCCUGCAUGUAUGGGAAUUUUUCUAAAAAAAAUAAAUGUAAUUAAUUCGGUGUGUUCGGACGAUUUUGACCGGCAGUGUAUAUAAAUGUUACAAAUCGACAGUAUACACAUGUAUAUAAAUGCGUUCUCAAGCAGCAGGUGAUGUUUCUGUAAUACCGCUACCAUGAAAAUGACCUCACAAUGCACUUUCUGGAAGUAUCACACACAUCGGUGGUAUUUCUCUAACACCAACCGCCUUCACGGUCACUCACGGAGACUGCAGUCUACAUCUGUACCUUUUUUUUUUUUUUGUAGAAAUUAUAAUAUCACUGUUGAAAUUUUUUUUUUUUAAUUUUUUUUUUUUUUUUUUUUUUUUUAAAACACUUUGGCAUUUUUAAUACAACAGCUUUCUCGCACAGGUCUCAAAGUUGAAAAAUUGACUAGUAGUCAUGCGCGAACCUGGGGAAGUAGGAAGCUUUUUCUUCUUUUUUUAAUAAAAGUUCGUUCAGGAAACUUUUUUGGAAAAAAAAAAAUCUGAAAAA